AUGGAGGAGAGACUUUCAGGAAACCAGAGCAGAGUUCACAGCAUCGAGGCCAUUUUAGGCUUCAGGGAGGAGCAGAGCAGAGUGAAGAAGCACAGGAUGGACAGUGUACGAUGUGACGUCAGAUCCAGCGCCCCGGUGAGUCCCGAGUUACCGGAAGUUACCGGUGACGGGAAGCUGUUGGACGAAGAGCGCGCGAAGAAGAAGCACAGGCGGAACCGGACCACAUUCACCACGUUCCAGCUGCACGAGCUCGAGAGAGCUUUCGAGAAGUCGCGCUACCCGGACGCGUGCAGCCGAGAGGAGCUCGCGCUCAAGGUCAACCUGCCGGAAGUGCGCGUUCAGGUGUGGUUCCAGAACCGUCGUGCUAAAUGGCGUCGUCAGGAGAAGUUGGAGUUGAGCUCCAUCAGCCCCAUCAAUCUGCAGGACUCGUCCGUACUCUCCUUCCCCAGAUCUCCUGCUCUCGAACCCUGGAUGGCACCACCAUGUAUCUCCUCCUCCACCUCUCCACUGCAGUCCUAUCCGUCCAGUUACGCUCCUCCAUCUUUUCUCGGAACACCCACAGUCAGUCAUGCUCUGCCCCCAAUCGGAGUUCCUCAUCAUCAUCCUCCUCCUCUUCCCUUCCACUGCUCAGGCUUCAUGGACACACUGUCUCUGGAGGAUGCCGACCCUCGCAACUCCAGCAUCGCCUCACUCAGGAUGAAGGCCAAGGAGCACAUUCAGGCCAUUGGGAAGACCUGGUAGAAUCCGCAGAUCCCUGUGUGUGGGGGAAAAUGGACCGGUCCAGGGAAAACAAAUCAGUUCUGUACGUUGUGUGAGAGAGGAAAAAGUCGUGAAAAAUACACAUCUGAAACCUGUCUCAAGGUCUGAGUGUCUGUGAAGAAGCCCAGGAGUGGGAGAGGAGAGACUUUAAAGCCACAGAACAGUUGUGUUUUAGUGAUGUAUUUCUGGGUCACAACAGAGACACCAAACAAGCUAUAAAUCCAUAAUUAAAAAUUAAUUUGUAAACAUA